AUGAUUGUGGAAAAUACGUCCUGUUGUGUUGUUAAUUAUCAGAGUGCAUACUGGCGUGAUUUAGCUUUACCAAAAGGAAUCGGUGUAUCUGGUUGGUGGAGUUUUUUCAGUUUGAUUGAUCUACGAUUGAGACCCAAUGGCAAAUAUAAUACUCCUCCUGUAUCAACAAUGAUAUCUCCAAUCUUUAUACCAGUAGGAGUUCAACAAAUCAUUGUUAUAACGACAAUCGAUGCCGACAGUGAUGAAGUACGAUGUCGUUUUGCUAAGAAUAAUAAUGAGUGUGCCAGUGUAUGUCCUCCAGACUCGUUACCAAGUGGAACUAUACUUUAUUCAAAUUGCACAUUGUUCAUCACCGGUUCGACUCUAUUCGAUUGGUAUGCAGUAGCAGUUGUGGUUGAAGAUUUCAUCGACUCUACUUCGACUAUUCCUUUAAGUAUCAUUCCUAUUCAAUUUUUAAUUAAUGUACAAAAUAAACCACGAUGCAAUGAUCGUCCUCUUCUUACUCAUGUUGACAAUCAACAGAAACAAUGUUUUGGAGUUGUAGUUAAUAAACCAAUUGAAAUUGAACUCGUAGCUGAAAAUUUUUGUCCAAGUACGACAAUAAUCAAAGAUAUUGCCGUAUUAUCAUUUUCAUCUCUUGUUAAAAAAUCUAUUGAACAAAAGACACCAAGUUCAUGGUCAACUUUAUUAACAUGGACACCAACAAUCGAACAAGUAGGAUCACAAGUUCUUUGUGCUAUAGCUCUUGACAGUGACAAUACUCAGUCAAAUCAAUACUGUAUGACAUUUAUAGUAGUUGCAGAUGGUAUUCCAUUGUGUCCAGGAGAACAGGAGUUGACAACAGUUGUUUUCACGUCGAUAGAUCAUAAUAAAGAGCCAGAUGUAACAUCAAUGAACGUCAAUGAUUCGUCUCUGCCACAGUCGUCAUCUUCUGCUGAAGAUUUGGAUUCAAACAGUUCAAUACCAUUGUCUUCUGCUGAAGAUUUAGAUCCAAUCAGUCCAAUAUCAUCAUCUUCUAAGCCGAAUUUAGAUUCAACUAUUCCAAUAACAUUCUCUUCAGUUUGUAAGUAUUCAUGGCCUUGGCCUUGGCUUGCACCUGUUCUUGCAUCUCUUAUCACAUUUUUACUCACAAGUCUUUGCUGUUGUUCUGAUAAAAAUCGAAAAAACCGUGUAUCUCAAAAUAAGAUCGUUCAUCAAGGUAAUAUCAUACGUCAACCGACUCGUCCUUACAAGGUUUAUAAUGCUUUUGAACGUGAUCAACAUGCAAAACAGAGCAAUCAUUCGCCAGUUUUAGAAAAGCAAAUAUCAUCUGAUGACGCCAGACCAGCAUCAAAAAUAUCAAGAGUCAUUUCAAAUCCGAUCUCGCCAGUACCAUCAAUAGAUAAUAACCGACCUCGUUCGCAAGUAGUAACACCAUUACAAGCAUAUGUAUUUGGCCGUCGAGUUACACCAAUAGCAACAAUUGAGAACAAUAAUGAACAUUAA